UUAAUUACCUCAUUAUUAAAUCCUCAACUACAAAAGCUGCAACGCCAUUAGCGUCUCAUCGCGUUGUCUGUAACAAGAAGUUGGUAAUUUUAUUAUCAAAAUGUUUAAACGCACUGCGAAGGAUAUGAAUUUCACUCCAAGCAAAAAACAACGUCUCUCUUCAUCCAAAUCAUCUGAAAAGGAAAAUUUGUCUGUGGACGAAGAUAGUGGUCUGGGUCCCGAAAUUGACAAUGAAAGUAGCAGCGAUGAAAUGGCGACCAGCUUCGGCUCACAAAAUUCACAUUCCGCUUCUCAUAACACAAAUAUCAACAGCAAAACACUAGAUUUUGAUAGAGAUUCUCAAUCAUCAGAAAUUGUCACUCAACGUCGUACCCGCUCUAUUAGCUUACAGGACACCAACACAAUGAAAAAAUUAGUUACUCAUCAACCUAAUGAUGGUUUUGAUAAAUCUCCAAGAAAGCUUUCGUUGCGUUCAAAGAAGAUUCGCCAGUCUUCAACACCGGAUAUUGCAUUAUUUUUUGGAGAUGCCGUAGAUGAGCAGUUGGUAAUGUCACCACAACAUGAUGAGCGUUCAUCAAUGGAGGUUGAUGAAGCAAACGACGUAUUUUCACAAUUUUCGGCUACUCAAGCGUCUAAGGAUAAUUUUAAUAUAAAUACAAUACUUGAAACUCUUGAAUUUCCGCUAAAAAAUGUAGAUCUCUCGAAAGCUACACCUGUGAAGAUUCAGUCUCAACAUCUUGAAAACGGCAACGAAAUUUUGCUUACUGAUUCUUCAUUAUCUACAAGCCAAACCAAUGUCCAGGCUACGGGAGAAGAAAGAGAAAAAGAAGAAGCAGAGCUCACACAAGAUUCUUUGCCACAAAAUUCUGCGAAUGAUCAUGUUGAUUUAUUUAAUCAAGAGAAUGCAGAAUUUGAAGAUGAAUCUAUUCCUUCUGUAUCUUCUCAAGAGUCCUCGAUCGCUGAAAUGCCGGAGAUAAAAAAGAAACGACGCAGAAAUGGUACCCAUUUUACUCACAUCAAGAAACACACAACACCGAUUGGAAGUAAUCUGGUUGUUGAUAAUUACAAGCCAGGGUUCAAUAAUGAUCGGGAAUUAAUUGUUAAUAAUAUUACCAUGCCCAAGGAUUUUUCAAAUCGUCUCUUUAGAAAAAUGAGUAAAAUGGAGCUAACGAAAAAAAUAAUAAUUCAUUACUAUGGACGUGAUCGAAUGCCCAAGAUUGCAUUGAAAGAGCCAACACGUAAGUAUCCUGGUAAAAUUUACCCGAGUCUUCUCGUCAAUGACAGUCAAGUUCAGGACAUAAUUGAUUUGUAUGAAUAUUAUGGUCCACAAGUGGGUUUGAAGAACCCUCCUCUACCAUUCAAAAAAGUACGACAAAUUAUUGGGACUUUAUGUUCUCAAAUUAGAAAUUUCUACUGAAUAUCGGUAAUCAGCUUUUUUUGGGUUAAUUGGACCUCUAUUUAAUUUAUGAUUAAUUCGUUAAAUUGAUUUAUUUAAGUAAAAUAAUACUUAAACAACGUUAGAUUUUUCGCUAAAGUAAAUUAAUUUUUAAUUAAAGGCGAAAUGACAUAAGUUAACUAUAGGUGCAAUAUUUUUAUUUACGUACUCAGCACUAAACUUUUUCUAGACUAAUAUUUGAAGUUGAUAUCUGGAAUAUUAAA